UCAUUUCUACUUUUGUCGAGAGAGAGAGAGAGAGAACAAAAAACGUCGGAACAAUAAUGUGCGGACCAAUUCAACGCUGUUUGCUCCGCGUAUAAAGCUGGGCAUCGGUCCAUUUGCCAAUGAAUCGGGACAUAUCGCUUUCUGUGGGAAAAAGACAUUCGGGCUGAGAAAUCGGUACGCCUGAUUACGUUCGCCGCCGAUCUCUGGGCCUUUGAAUUUUCCUCCGCCAUCUAAGUCAGCCACUCAUGGCUUUCUUUUCCGAAAACUCUCGCCGUCAAUCUCUUAUUCCAAGUUUCCUUUACUCUUCCUCUUUGUCUUCCAAUAAACUAGCACUUGACAAAAUGGUUAGCAACUCAAACCCGAGCUUCACGCCGUCGCCUUCAUCUGCAUCGACUCCGAACAGGAGCUUUAUGAUCCCGGCGCCGAGCGAGCCAGGCAAAAUCGAGAUGUACUCUCCACAGUUCUACGCUGCCUGUACUGCUGGUGGAAUACUCAGCUGCGGUCUCACUCACAUGGCCGUUACUCCUCUAGAUCUAGUCAAAUGUAAUAUGCAGAUUGAUCCAGCAAAGUACAAAAGCAUCUCUUCUGGUUUUGGAGUGUUACUUAAGGAACAGGGAGUGAAAGGUUUCUUCAGAGGAUGGGUGCCUACCUUGCUUGGUUACAGUGCUCAGGGUGCCUGCAAGUUUGGGUUCUAUGAAUACUUCAAGAAGUACUAUAGUGACCUUGCAGGACCUGAAAAUGCAGCCAAAUACAAGACUCUGAUCUAUCUUGCUGGUUCUGCAUCUGCUGAGGUCAUUGCAGAUAUUGCUCUCUGCCCCUUUGAAGCUGUGAAGGUUCGUGUUCAGACGCAGCCUGGUUUUGCCAGGGGGUUGUCUGAUGGGCUUCCAAAGUUUGUGAAAUCUGAAGGUGCUCUGGGGUUGUACAAGGGCCUGGUUCCUCUUUGGGGACGUCAAAUUCCAUAUACAAUGAUGAAGUUUGCAUCUUUUGAGACUAUUGUGGAGAUGAUUUACAAGCAUGCUAUCCCUACACCUAAAAGUGAAUGCAGCAAGCCCCUGCAGCUUGGUGUGAGCUUCGCUGGUGGAUAUGUUGCUGGUGUUUUCUGUGCUAUUGUAUCACAUCCUGCUGACAACCUUGUCUCUUUCCUUAACAAUGCCAAGGGUGCUACUGUUGGUGAUGCUGUAAAAAAUCUUGGUUUAUUGGGUCUCUUUACUCGGGGACUUCCCCUCCGUAUUGUCAUGAUUGGAACUCUCACAGGGGCUCAGUGGGGUAUCUAUGAUGCCUUCAAAGUUUUUGUUGGGCUGCCAACAACUGGUGGUGUUACUCCUGCUGCUGCACCUGUUGCCACCGAACUUGCAAAGGUGUAGAAUCAUAUGCAAAAAUUUUCACAUCGUAGGUUUUCAUUAGGGUGGUCAAUAAAUGUUGCAUGCCUGGUGCUGCAUCGAGUGGCGUUUAGCAGGUGAAGGGUAUUUUUUUUCUCCGACAAUCUUUCUGUUUCACUAAUUUGAUGGUGUGGUCAAGUUCCAAAUUCUCAAUAUAUUUCGGAUGUUCGAUUUUGUUAGGAGUAGAUACAAAUUUUCCAUAUUAGAAGCUUCCGGAUGGAAGCACAAAUGUUAGCUCUUGCAAGCACAUUUUCCAGAUAUGUAACUCCAUUUUUUCUUGCAACACGAA